CAUAAGCAUAUCAGAGACUUUCCCGAAGGGCUCAACAAACCUGUGGAACAUUUUCAGCAUGCGACGAGGCGGCGUCGGUGGUGACGGAGCGACGGGCAAGGGGAGCAAAGGUUUGACGCCUUAGAGACGCGGCUUGACGGGCCCACGCAGUUCGGAACAACAUUCUGGGCAAGGCAGGAGGUCCAAUUGAUAGAGAAGGGAGCUGGAAGAAGAUCAGGGAGAUUCUGUUAUCUUUCAACAACGGAGAUGUUGGGAACAAACUUUCCCCUGCGGCUAACGUCUUUGGGUAAUGGCUUAUCUAAGCUGACCUUCCAUUCGGAACUGCCGGUGUACACGCUGCAAACCACUCAAACAUCCCUUCUUUCCUUCUUGCCCGGAGUACAACCGGAGUCAAGAUACAAAAAUUACCACCUACGGAGUAGUAUCUUAUUGUUUUCUUCUUCCUUACUUACUCCAUAUACCACAGCCGUGGCUGUCUUGGAUAUACACAGAGGUACACAUAACACCUCCGACACGGUAAUAGACCGUAGAUGCUCACCCGACUGUCCCGGCGGAUGCCACCGGUCCUGCAUACCUGCCAAAAGGAUGACCCGGCGUACGCCCCAUCCUUUUAUAAAUCACCUGACUUCUCCUCGGAAUCCAAUGUCCUCUCAACUUCGCUGGACAGUCAAAUAUCUGACUACGAUGUCUCAAUACCUUCCAUGUUGACCUGAGACAAGCAUUGCUGGGACUCUAAUUGAGUGGUGCCAGCAGCGAAUGAAUAUAAUUAUGCAUUAGCGGACUUUCGGAGCGUCUUC